AUCAUAGUCAAACCUUCCUCCUUCCAUUUCCUUGGCGUCUCGUUUUUUCCUUUUCCGGGAAAGGAGAGGAGCGACAAUUAUGGUAACAAAACUCAACCUCCUCUUCUUGUAUAUAAAAAGACUUGCUUGGUUCUCGACCUCUUCAUCGUGGUUGCCUUUCUUUUUUGGUGGUUGAUCUCCACUUGCGCCGUGAUCGAUCGAGAGCCACCGCCUCCUCCUAGCUCGUGUAGGGCUAAUUUCUUUAGAUCGAUCGGGGGGAAGCGAAGACGGAGGGAAGAUGGUGAGGGGGAAGACGCAGAUGCGGCGGAUAGAAAACGCGGCGAGCCGGCAGGUGACCUUUUCGAAGCGGCGGAACGGCCUCCUCAAGAAGGCGCACGAGCUCUCCGUCCUCUGCGACGCCGAGGUCGCCCUCAUCGUCUUCUCCGCGAGGGGAAAGCUCUACGAGUUCGCCAGCUCCAGUGUACAGAAUACGAUUGAACGGUAUAUGUCACACAGAGAAGAAGUUGAAAUCAAUAACAAAGACUCAGAAAGGACCAUGGAGCAAUGGAAAUGUGAAGCCGCAGACAUGUCAAAGAAGAUAGAGCACAUUGAAGCUCAGAAAAGGAAGAUCUUGGGUGAAAACUUGGGAUCAUGUUCCGCAGAGGAGUUGAACGAGCUCGAGGUUCAACUAGAGAAAAGCUUACGCAGCGUAAAGGAAAAAAGAAGAAGAAUGUUGGAAGAGCAAAUUGCACAGCUAAAGGAGAAAGAGAAUUCACUUCUGAAGGAGAAUGCAUCAUUGCUCGAACAGGUGAACUGCAAGUCAGAACCUCAAUUAACACUAACUGCAAUCCGAGAAGAUGAUACAGAUGGUCACGCUCGAAAAGAGCAUACGGAAGUAGAAACCGAGCUGAUGAUCGGAAGGCCAGGCAGUCGAUAGGUCAAGUGAUCAUCAUCCCAAGCGAGAUGACCUCUAGGUACUCUCAUGGUGUCACAGAAUCUGUUCCAACAUGUGCGCCAUAAAAAAUGCUUAUGCAAGAGCUGUAUUAUUCAUGACUUGGUAGCCAAGUUUAGAUCGAAACAGUAAUUGUAAGAAAUUGCUGUAGUUGAUUUCUUCCCUGAAUUAUAAAUCUGAUAAAUGUUCUUAAA